CUACUACUACUACUACUACUACUACUAAAAAAAAAAAAAAGAAGAAACAUGCAGAGCUUUAAUCCGCUGCAUUGAACGAGUUCAGUCGUCUGCAAAACACAGACCUUAGGGACACUGACAUCGAAUGACAGGUGGCUGAUGCAUCUUUUGAGUGGCAGUACCUAGUAAUCACGCUAGCUAGAUGCCGCUUGAUGAGUCCAGUCUGUGUGCACUUAUACCCAAUGCCGUCUCAAGAGUCUUAGUGCUCAUGGCAGCCUUAUCAUUUCAAAGGGCUCUAGUACCAGGUUUAGCAAAGGGCGCGACGCGAUAAAUGGAAGAAAACUUGCAGGCCCACCUAGCUCGAAUUAGUGUCUCCGAGCGUGUAAGUCAUUGCUCGAUUACUUUUCGUGCCCUUUUCUCCCACUCGGCCAAGGUCAACAUACCCCUAUUUCCGACCACCAGAAAUUGCCGACCGAAGCAGCCAUAUGCUGGCCACACUGCUCGGUCUAGCCCAUUCUUUCGCCCCCAUGUUCACAUUAAGCAGAUGAAAAAUUUGCAGACGAUCAUUUCGCGAAUAAGGGGCCGUCGUCUACCCAUCGGCUCAAGGCUCCUAGAAUGGUGGAUGGUGCAAAAACGGGACGAUGGGCGGUCGCUGUGGUUGCCAACUGGUUGGCGUCGCUACGUCCCUCUGCUCCAAGACACUUCUCACACAGUUCGACAUCAGCCGGUCGCGUCGCAGCACAACUCAACAGGCGAUCGCGCUAAACUCGGCCACGUACGGGCCCACCUAAAUGUGUCGUGCUAGCCAAGCUUGCCAGGUAGCAAAGAGGGAGACUUGCGAUGCUGGGAAGCUCGCUAGACUAGUCUAGUUCCGAUUGAAAGCUAUUUAUUAUACUAGGGGCCGCGGUUGCGUCUUCUCCAGUGGAAUCCGUGCGGUUCUCAAGUAGUGCCGUUCGG